UUGAAAUUGAGCGGCGCGGAUCCGGGGCGGGCGUGAGGCGAUGGCGGCCUCCAGCCUCAGGGAGGACUUCCAGCGUUGCUGGCAACAGUUUGAAGCUAAGAUACAAAGCUAUGCCGGUGAUGAUCCAUUAGAUCUAUGGGACAGAUUUAUACAGUGGGCAGAGCCUCUACUUCCUCCAACAGAAAAAGAUGAGUUGGUCUCUGUGUUAGAAAAGCUUGUGAAGAAUUUUAUGAAUGUCAAGAAAUAUUCAAAUGAUCCAAGAUAUGUCAACUACUUGUUGAAACUGAUAAACUGCAGCACAACACCACUUGAAUUUUUCAAUUACAUGGAUGGCCAAGGGAUUGGCACAAAAUCAGCUGCGUUCUAUCUUGCUUGGGCAGAGCUGCUUGAGAUGAAAGGGAACGCUUUGAUGGCGAAUAGUAUUCUCCAGAAAGGCAUUCAAAAUUCUGCAGAGCCAUUGGACAUUUUGGUCCAUCAGUAUAGGAAUUUCACAGCUCGAGUUUCUCAGAACCUAUUGUCUGUACAAAUGGAUAAUUCUGUUAAAUCCACACCAAUGUCUUUGGCAAACCAGCAAAGUAUGCCGUUGGAGACUCAAGAUGGGUUUAAACAUGAGCCAUUGGGAAACUCUCAGCUCAUCAAUCAAGAUUCAGCUGGUUUGAGUAAAUUAAAUUUGAAUGCUGUGCCGGCAGGCAUAGAAGCUCUUCCCAAAUCUCAGGGUAACAUAGAAAAUGGCUCCAGCUGGAAGCAAUCUCGACUUAAUUCUUGUGAUACGGAAUCGAGAGCUUUAAAUUCAAUUGCAUCUGCGCCUGUGCAUCAAACCAGCUGCAAAAUGCAGGAAAUACCAGGUGAACUGCAGCAAGUUGUCAUGUAUGACAAGAGUGUUCUCUUUUCUGGAGAUAAAGAAAUGUGCUUUGAAGAAAUACGAGCUCAGAAGCACAUUGUACAAAGCCAACAGAAAGAACAAGAGGAAUGGAAGGAGAUGUUCAAUAGCACCAAGUCUGAUGAGAUAAGAUCACUGGAGCAGAAACUUGAACAAUUGAAAAUGCAGCUGAAGUUAACUCAGGAGCGGGAGCAGGAAAUACUGCAGAUCUCAUCUCAAAAUGCCUUGGAGUUGGCAACUACACCUUCACCAUUACCCACUAAGUCUGAUACACAGUCUAUAGCCACUGCUUUACCAACGGAAAUGGACAGUAGAGAAGAAACUAAGCAAAAUUUAUCUCCAAGCACCUGCGCUGGAACAGUCACGAUUGCGAGUUUUACAGAUGCUGCGCUGCAAUUGUCCCAACAUAGUGCUUCAUUAUCGGUGGCAAAGAAAGAUAAUAAGCAAAGAUCUUCUGAAAUUCAACCUGGCUUUCAAAUUUUUGGACAACCAGAGAAUGGCCUUAAUAAUUUCAGGGCGCAGUUAGAGCUGCCAUCCAGAUCUGUGGUUACAAGUGCAAAUAAUAGUAGCAGUGGGCAACAGCUCAUGAAUGAAAGUGCUAACAGUUCUAGAAUGACUUCCUUCACAAGACCAAAGGAAGGAAAUGUAUCGGGAUUAACCAUGAAUAGAUCUCACACACCAAAUUCCUCUUUUGGCAUAAUUCAAGCUACUCCAUCCAGAGUCCUCCCAUCACCUACUGUUUGUACUAAAGAGGCUUUAGAUGUUAUAAUGGACAUGUUUCAGGCACCGGUGAUUCCCGAAUUGUCGCAAGUGGAUGAAAAUGUUAGUGCUUUUGUAGAGGAGCAAAUGGAAGUACAAGAUGGUGAUUUUGGAACAUAUUGCAAAAAGGACAAUAUCCAUCGAUCCCUGGAAAUUGUGGGUAUGAACUUUGCUCCAUCUUCCACUGUCCCAUUUUCAAUCUUUGAAGAUGAUGGUGCUGUAAAUAGCAUAAGGAAUACUCUAACCAGCAAACCUAUAGCAUCAAAACCACUGGGAGAACUGUCUGAAAGACAAAUCACAAAUAAAGUAAAGGAAAUGAAUGAGCAAGCUAUUUGGGCUGUGUGUGAUAACAAAACGCUGGCGAUAAAUCCAAAUGUCACAGAGGAUUUUACCUUUGCGGCACCAUUAGCAUCAACUCCUUUCUAUGGGGUCUCACAGCAUCCAAAGCGAGAUUCUGAGGAAUGUAGUGAACGUAACGUUCCCUUUUAUGGUGAAGGUCAACAAGAGAAAACACAAAUUAAAAAUCAUGAGUUCACGGUUCUUCGUUCAUUGGAAGAGGAAUGCAUUCAGCAUGCCAAACUCAGAAAACUUGGUUCAGUUCAGGAUCUGGGCUUCGAACCCAUCAAUCACUUAACAGACCCUCCUUUUGUCCUUGGCAUUAAUCGGAAUUCAUCCAGUGAACUGCCAAUCUCUGAGGAAUUUCCAGUGGUUGAGAAGAGACCAGAGUCGUGCACACUGCCUAGUCCUGAAGAAGAAUGUCUCAAACCUGAACAGUCAUUUUGUUGUCUAAAGGAAAUGCACUGCAGUGAUCUACAGUUUGAUGAGGAGCCGAACGAAACUCCAAACGAGACUGGUGUAAUCAUUAAAAAUCCUUGGGAUAAGAAUCUUAUUGAUGAACUUCUGUCAAAUCUAACCAAACCACUGAGUUCCUACUCUUCUUUUAUGACUUGCGAAGACAACAUGCCUGCUGUAAGGCCAAGAUCCAACAUUCACUUGGGAAAUGAAGUGUACCAGGUAUCUUAUUUGCUUGGAGAGGGAUCCUUUGCCCAUGUCUACCAAGCCUCAGUUUUGGAUAUGAAUAAUUUGUCUGAUUUGAAGAACCAACAAAAAGUGAGCUUAAAAGUUCAAAAAAUAUCCAAUCCCUGGGAAUUCUACAUAGAUACUCAGCUAAGUGAGAGGCUGAAGCCGACAUUUCGCAGCCUAUACAACACUAUCCACUCUGGUCAUUUCUUUAACAAUGGCUGUAUUUUGGUUGGCGAGCUGUACAGUUUUGGAACUCUGCUGAAUGCAGUCAAUCUGUAUAAAACACUUGUUGAAAAAACAAUGCCUCAGCCUUUGGUGAUAUACUUUGCCAUCCAUAUUCUUUAUAUGGUAGAGCAGCUCCACACUAUUGGAAUAAUUCAUGGUGAUAUAAAACCUGACAAUUUUAUCCUUGGAGAAAGGUUCCUGGAUAGUGAUACUGCCAGUGUUGAUGACAGCUUGUCUCAAGGAUUGACAUUGAUUGACUUUGGUCAAAGCAUAGAUAUGAACUUGUUCCCCAAAAAUGCAGUUUUUGUUGAAAAUUGUAAGACAUCAGGCUUCCAGUGUAUUGAAAUGCUGUCAGAGAAACCAUGGACCUUUCAGGUAGACUACUUUGGAAUUGCUGCCACAGUUUAUUGCCUUCUCUUUGGCACAUAUUUGAAAUUAAAGCAGGAACAUGGUGUCUGGAAGGUCAAUGCCAAUUUUAAAAGAGGUCAUCACAAAGAGGAGUGGAAUAAUUUCUUCAAUACCCUGGUGUACAUCCCCAACUGCCAAAAUCUACCAUCUCUUCGGGAUCUACGGGAGGAGCUGGUGGCACUUUUCAAAGAGCAUUACUCAAAAAAACUGAAAUCACUUCGGCAGCAGUUGAUGGUGCUUUUACUUGAAAAGAAACAUUCUCAAAGAAGAACAUAAUGUGGUUGUAAUCUAGAUUUUUGUAUAAAUAGAGCUCUGUAAUAAUUUACUUAUGCUUAAAAAGUUAUUCCAUUGCUCAAUGGCGGAAUAUUGAUUAAAAAGAUUUUAACCAUCAGUUUUGGUCGCAAAUAUACUAAGCAAUCUGUUACUAACUCUAAUUUCUUCUGGUAUCCAGCCCUCCCUUAUUAUAGUCUAUCAGAGAUUGUUUAAAUAUGCAGUUUUUAUAAAACUACAGCUGAGAUCACUGGUUUGUAAAUCAAGUUUCUAAUGCAAGAGAUUCAACCAACUGUAAAGUGAAAUUGCGGUGGUUAAACAUCAAAGCUGUUUUAGAAUCCCUAAUACUGUAUAUGGAUUUUAUUGAGGAAUGAUGGUUAAGUUGCAGAACGCGUCCUCUGAAGAGAAUUAAUUUGGAAAAAUUGUGAUAGAGACAGUGGUUAAAGUUACUUUUCAAAGAAUUGAAGUACCUCAUUAAUGCUUAUUGUGCUUGUUGGUGUCCUUCUCACUUAUUUUGUCAUUCAGGACCCAGAAUAUAGACUAAAGCUGAAAUCUCCUGCUGUGUAUUGGGAGGGAAGUAAGCAGGGAUUGAUUGAUUUAUUUUUAAAAAUAAAUAGCACCAUGGGCUGUUUCAAACACAAAAGCUGGUAAGUUAUUUAACACGUGAAGUAACUACUACCUACUGACUCAGUGUUGCACUGGAGCGUCAGCUGAAAGUCUUGCAUGUUUCACUCACAGGCCUUGAACCCAGACUUUGUGAUAGACACUGAACCAGCUUAAUGGUGACCAUGAUAGUGCUACCUCAAAAGAUGACUUGUGGAAUAACAGGUAUGAGAGAUGAACAGUUAGUUUAAAUCAGAGGUCCCCAACCUUUUUUGCACUGCGGACCAGUUUAUUAUUGACGAUAUU